UUAAUCCCGAGACAUGGAGAUCUUUUUGCCGAAAAAAAAGUUUUGCCGUUGGUAGUUGAAAUUAAAUUUUAUAUUGUUGAAAUUAAUCCGUUCACAUCCAUACUAGCACUUCCAAAAAUAUUUAUAAGACUUAGAAAUCGCAAGCAACUUCUGGACAGAGAAGUGAUAGUAUCCUGAUAGUAAAACAAGUAUCCUGCAAUUUGAGUUUCUUAUACACUUAUCGGGUUUACCGCACAUAAAAAAAAGGAUUACAUUAAAUGCAAAUUUCAAAGGUUUGCAAACAUGAAGCAAUAGAUAUUGGUCACAUACAACGGCACAGAAGCGUAGGGGUUGUGUCGUUUGAGAAAAAAAAAUCCCCCAUUACAUAACGAUAAAGUGUGUCAAAGUGUGUUUUGUUGCCAAAAAAAAGUAGCUUGAUACCGGCAUUGUGACCUCCAGGCAGCUGGAACAUAACAAAACAAUCGACAUUGAAGCCUCAUCUCGACAUUACUCAUCGUUUACCAACGAUCGUGGGGGGAAACCAGGGAAGUGAUAAUCGGCCGUGUUUUACUCUUUCACUUAUCUGCCAUCUGAAGUGAGCUACGCGCGAAGAUGAGUUUGGCCGUGCGGCGGGCGUGACGAUCGACGGUCGGAUGCGAAUUAGUUAAGUACAUAUCAAUCCAGGGUAAUUCUUCUAGCUCUAUUGCACCAGUGCCAUCGGCAAAGCAGCGCGUGUACUAGUGGAGGUGCGAAUGGCGCGCCGACAGAUGGAUGCGCGUUAACAGAAAUUCACGACGGGGUUAUAAAAGCGAACCUUUGCGCACAUUCGGCGAUCACUUACUGGCCGUUCGUGCAUUGUGGCGCUAUUGUGCUGGAAAGAAAACUACAAGAAUAACGAAAAUGAUUAAAUUUGUUUGUGUGUUGGCGCUGUUAGCCGCUAGUGGCUUUGCGUUCCCGGUUGAGGAGACCCCUAAACUGUCGCGCCCCUCACCUAUUAAUCCCGAGGUUGCCAGUGACCCGAAACCAGCCGCACUGAAGGAAGUCGUCCCAGCGUCGUCCACCACCGAGAGCCACAUCCAAAAAGUACCCGCGUCCGGCGUGAAGCUGAGCGUUGAGGUGGCGAAAAAGGAGGAAACCACAACGAGCAGCAGCAGCAGCUCUACCCCGGAGCAGUCAACGAAGAACAGCCAGAAACGAUCGGUAGAUUCCGAUAGUGAUGUGUCCACUACUCCGAAGCAGCCCGCCUUCCGUCGCAAUCAGCCCACCACUACGACCGAAGAGCCCAGCAGCACCACCCCAAGCAGUACCACGUCCAGCCCCGUCUCGGUGAAAACUCCGAUCGGUACGACGCGCUCCAAGCGUGAGGUCGAAGUGACGGCCGUGCCCGCCAGCAGUACAAGUGCCGCGACAACAAAGCGCACGACCACGAUCCUUCCCCCGAGCCAUACUGACGAGGAGGAUGGACCCCAUUACGUACAUCCGGUGCCGGUGGAUCAGAUAUUGAAAAACCUUAACCAGCCGGAAAAGGCUUCCUCGUCCGGAAGUCAUCAUCAUCCCGAACAUCACACAACCGAAAAGCCGAAGGACGAAAAGGAUUCGGAUGAAUCUUCCGAAGAAGUUCCACCGAAAGAGGCAGCAACGGAGCAAAAGACGCAUCAACAGACGCACCCGGUAAUUCACCAGCAGGGUGCUUAAUCUGCAUGUGCAACGCAUUUUUGUUUUUACUCUUUCCGUUCUGUUUUCUUUUGUUUUACACGUGUUUGAAUAAAAAGCUUAACCGUAUCCCUGUUAAUUACGCGUU